ACCACGCUGGUGAACACAGAGAACACGCUUGCGCGCCUUCAGAGAUCGAUCGAGGAAGAGGAGGCAAAGUGGCGUCAUCUGCUGUUAGAAAGCGAGAAGCGCAAUGCCAAUCUUAAACGCCAGUUGGAGGCCAUAAAAACCAAUUCCGUAAAGGCGGAAGACAGUCUGAGUGACCUUGACGGUGACCUCGACGGUGAUUUAUCGGUGGCAGUGGACUCCUGCUCGCUGGUGCAGAAGGGCCGCCUGAACGGUAGUCACCGCAACCACCAAAAAACACUGGACGCGUCUCUGUGA